GUCACUCUCUUCCUUUCCGCCUCUCUUAAACCCUAAACCCGAAACCUCUCUCUCUUUCUGGGUUUACCCAUCCCACUCCCUCAAACCCUAAACCCACCAAAAUGAUGAGCGUAAUUCUCCGGCGGUCACCCACAAUCGCCGCCACGCGCGCCGUCGCCGCCAUCGAAACCCUACUGAUCAACCGCCUCUCAUUUCCUUCCCUCCCGGCGAAUGGCGAUCUCGGCGCCGGCGAGGCUAAGCUCUCAUGGUUCCAAGUUCGGGACUUUCAUGCGAAACCUGGGCCGUUGAGCUUCCGGGCAUCGCCGACGACUAUGUUCGGCUCCCAGGUGGCUUUGGAGGAUGACUACGACGUGUCGUCUAAACCGAGCGGCGACGAGGGGCUCGAGAUUUCGAGGCUAGGGAUUGAUAAGGAGAUUGUGUCUGCUUUGGCCAAGAAGGGGAUCACUAAGCUUUUCCCCAUUCAGAAAGCUGUGUUGGAGCCUGCAAUGCAAGGACGUGAUAUGAUUGGUCGUGCUAGAACCGGAACCGGGAAGACUCUUGCGUUUGGGAUUCCGAUAUUGGAUAAGAUCAUUCGAUACAAUGCCAAACAUGGGCGUGGGAGGAAUCCUUUGGCUUUGGUUAUGGCGCCGACGAGAGAGCUUGCGAAGCAGGUUGACAAGGAGUUCCAAGAGGCAGCUCCUGGCUUGGAUACUAUUUGUUUGUAUGGUGGUACGCCCAUUGGGAGUCAGAUCGGGCAGCUUGGCUAUGGUACUGAUGUGGCUGUGGGCACACCUGGGCGAAUUAUUGAUCUGAUUGAUAGGGGUGCUUUGAAUUUAUCUGAAGUUCAGUUCAUUGUUCUUGACGAAGCCGAUGAGAUGCUUAAAGUGGGAUUUCAGGAGGCAGUCGAGCAAAUCUUGAGGAGCGUACCAAAGCAACGUCAAACCUUGUUGUUCUCUGCAACAAUGCCGCCUUUCAUUAGAAGUCUUACUCAGAAGUACCUAAAUAAUCCAGCAGUUAUUGAUCUUGUUGGGGACAAUGAUCAGAAAUUAGCAGAUGGAAUUACCCUGUAUUCUAUUGCUGCAGACUCAUAUGGAAAAGGAUCGAUCCUUGGACCUCUUAUAACAGAACAUGCAAAAGGAGGGAAGUGCAUUAUUUUUGUUGGGAGAAAACGUGAUGCUGAUAAUUUGGCAUAUGCCCUGUCAAGAAGCCAUAAAUGUGAGGCUUUGCAUGGGGAUAUUUCACAACAGCACAGGGAAAGGGCACUAUCAGGUUUUCGAGAAGGGCGUUUCAAUGUUUUAGUUGCCACUGAUGUUGCCGCUCGUGGGCUUGAUGUACCCAAUGUUGAUCUGGUGAUACACUAUGAGCUUCCAAACAAUUCAGAAAUAUUUGUUCAUCGGUCAGGCCGAACAGGUCGUGCUGGGAAGAAAGGAAGUGCUAUUCUGAUUUACUCACAAGACCAAGCCAGGAACGUCCAAAUAAUUCAACGCGAUGUAGGAUGUAAAUUUAUAGAGCUUCCCCGGAUUGCUGUUGAUAGUAGCAUUGCAAGCAUGUUCUCUGACAGAGGUAACAGUGGUCGUUUUGGUGGUUCUGGGGGACCUGGAUAUGGUCGACCGGCAAGCCGAGGUGGAAACUUUGGUAAUUCAAGUUUUGGCCGAUCCGGAUCUGGUGGUUUUGGUAGUUCUGGAGGGUUUGGUGGUUCCGACCGUUCAAGUGGUUUUGGAGGGUUUGGUGGUUCUGACCGUUCAAGUGGUUUCGGAGGGUUUGGUGGUUCUGAUCGUUCAAGUGGUUUCGGAGGGUUUGGUGGUUCCGAUCGUUCAAGCGGUCGUUCAAGUGGUUCUAAGAGCUUCGGAGGAGAUCGCCAGAGUGGCUUUGGUGACAAUAAUUCUAGCCGCUUUGGAAGCUUUGGAAAUAACAAAGGAGGGUUUGGUGGUUCUGAUUUCUGAUUAAAUGCUGGGACAAGAAGAGCCUUCUGAUUUGAUUGAAUGGUAAGAAGAAGCUAUGGGACGACAUAGGAAGAACAAAGAUUAGCUUUAGAGCAAUUCUUUCCAUAUGAGAGGCAUGGUGGUGCACAGGCUUCUACAAGUUUUUAAUUACUGAAGUAGAAGUCUGAUAUUUUAAUGUUGAUAGUAAAUUCAUAAAUUCUGGUAUGUAGCGAACACGAAUCUGACGGGGGCUCUUCAUGUAAUUUAUCUUAUUCGUUUAUGUCAAACCAUUGGUCUUUUUAUUGAAGUCUUAGAUAUAGUGAUUUACUUGGUUGUGUAAGAUAUUAUUAUGAAGUAUACAAUAACCCAAACACUUGGUUCCAU